UUGGCGGACUGCCAGACUGCCAUGACUUCUCAAAUGAUGAACCAGUCAAAUUAUGAUAAACCUUAUGGUUUCUUCCUCACAAAAGUGGUUGUAGUUGCUGGAGAUCCCAAGGCAAUAGAAACUCUGACAGGUGCCCUGUUUCAGCGACCUCCCCUCAUUGCUGCUGUCAAACGACAACUGAGAGUCAGAACCAUCUAUGAGAGCAAGCUGGUGGAGUAUGAUCCUGAGAGAAGAUUAGGUAUCUUCUGGGUGAGCUGUGAAGCAGGCACGUAUAUCCGAACACUCUGUGUUCACCUUGGUUUGCUGCUUGGUGUGGGGGGCCAGAUGCAAGAGCUCCGCAGAGUGCGCUCGGGCAUCCUGGGAGAGAAGGACAACAUGGUGACUAUGCACGAUGUACUCGAUGCACAGUGGCAGUACGACAACAACAAGGAUGACAGCUACCUGCGAAGAGUUAUCCUGCCCUUGGAGAAACUGCUCACUUCACACAAGCGGCUAGUCAUGAAAGAUAGUGCGGUUAAUGCCAUCUGCUAUGGAGCCAAGAUCAUGCUCCCUGGUGUCCUGAGGUAUGAGGAUGGUAUUGAGCUUAACCAGGAGAUUGUUGUCAUCACCACGAAAGGAGAAGCUAUCUGCCUAGCCAUUGCCUUGAUGACCACAGCAGUCAUUUCUACCUGCGACCAUGGCAUUGUGGCAAAGAUUAAGAGGGUGAUCAUGGAGAGAGACACAUAUCCCCGCAAAUGGGGUCUUGGUCCCAAGGCCAGUCAAAAGAAGAUGAUGAUCCAGAAGGGUCUGCUGGACAAGCAUGGAAAGCCCAAUGAGAGCACACCGGAUUCCUGGAAGAAGGAGUAUGUGGAUUACAGGGAUGCUUCCAAGAAAGAGGCAGCUGCUGUUCCCCGUGCUGUUUCAGAGCUGGAGAGGGCUCCAAAAAGGAAGCGAGAAUUGGAGAGUGAAAGUGAGGAGACCCCACCAUCCCCUGCCACCCAACCACCAGAGGAUCUGAGCAAAAAGGAAAAGAAAAAGAAGAAGAAAGAGAAGGCAGCCAAAGAGGCAGCUGAGAGUGGGGGAGAGCAAAUAGAAGUGCCCAGUGAGACCAGCACCAAGAAGAAGAAGAAGAAGAAGAAACAAAAGGAGGUAGAAGAGAGCUCGGAGUAA